CAAGGUCCGUGGAAACUCGCCUCUCAAAUGCUGCGUGCUCACUUCAUUUUCCGGCGACAAGGAUGCCGAGCUGUGGGUCAAGUACGCACUGACGUGCCAAGUUAAGUGCCUCAAGGUCACAUCUGAUUACCUUGGUCUACCCGUGCGCUAUGACGAUGCGCCUUUCAUCUCCCAGCACUUGAAGAUCCUAAACUUUUUUAAUGCCAAGUUCCAAGGCUCCUCACUUGAUUUCUCCAACUGCCCGGCACUACAUAAUCUAAAGAUGGGUCAUUGUUUCAUCCAUGCAUCUACCAUAUCUUCCGAAUCGCUAAAACAUCUCUGCAUCACUACUUUCUCUAAGUUUCCUCGGGAUUCCCAUGUUCGCAUCGUUGCCCCCAAUCUGAUCACACUGCAACUUGACGGUUUUGAGGGUCUCACCCCCUCCCUUGGGCACAUGCAAUCUCUGAUAGAGGCAUAUGUUGGUCUUUCCUCUGAUUGCGGCGAUUUCUGUAGCAUCAACGGACAGGGCUGUGAAGAUCAGCAUUGUGCUUGUCAUGCUUAUCCUGCGGGUGAGGGUGUGCUUCUAAAUGGAUUGUCCAGUGCUGCCAGUCUGGAGUUGAUAGGCAACACUAAAACGUUUAUCUACAGAUGGGAUUUAAAAUGGUGCCCCAUAUUUGAAAAAUUGAAGACUCUGUUACUCAAUGAGUGGUUUAGGGCUAUUGAUCUAGUUUGCAUUCUGCAACACUCUCCAAUUCUUGAGAUGCUCACUCUUCAGCUUGGUAACACUGAGAACCUCGUAGGAGCAACGGGGGCCGAAGAAUCAAUGGAACAAUCAUUUGUGUGUGCCCACCUUAACGCUGCCGAAGACGUAUCUGUCGACAGAGCAAUCGACACUUUCAGCGAUGGCUUUCAGCGGGAGAGCUGCAUAGAAGAACUUGGGCCGCUCGCGGCUGUGCUGGUGAUGACGUGGAAGAUGGCGGAUCGGUAUUGCCUUAUGGUAUUUCGCGGGAAUUCAGGAGCGGCGGAGAACCGGGCCGAGAGGGCAAAGACGGAGAUGACAGUAGCGCCAGAUGGGCGGGUGAUCGCGACCGCAGAUGCGUGGAAUCGAAGUUCUACCCCGCUGGGCAUGGAUCAUCUGAGAAAUCCUCCACAACCUGUGCCGUGA